CGAACAAUAAUAAUUCUCGAACCCUCUCGAUUUGGGGCUUUGUUAUUCCAUCAAAAUUGAAGAAAUCUAUCUGUAGAACUUUUGGUAUAUUCUACGACAAGCAGAGCAAAACCCCACCAUGGCGAUCAUAUCAGAGGUUGAAGAGGAAAGCAGCAGCCGACCAUCGAUGCUGCCGUUCAGGGCGACGUUCGAUUCUUCGAACCCAUUAGGUUUCUUGCAGAAAGUGUUCGACUUUCUCGGCGAACAGAGCGAUUACCUGAAGAAACCCUCCGCGGAGGAGGAGAUCGCCGCCGUGGUAAGGGCAGCCAAGGAGAAAUUGAAGAAAGCGGAGAAGAAGCCUGCUGAUCCUGUUGAGAAGAAGGAGAGUGUGAAGCCGACCAUGGCUGCGUCAAGCUCAAAGCCUAUGGAAGUUGAGAAGCCUAAGGAGAAUAAAGAAGCUGGUCCCAUUGUUCCUAACAAAGGUAAUGGAACUGAUCUUGAGAACUACUCAUGGGUCCAGACUCUCCAGGAGGUCACAGUUAACAUUCCAGUGCCUACUGGCACUAAAGCACGCUCUGUUGUUUGUGAGAUUAAGAAGAACCGUCUUAAGCUUGGUCUCAAAGGGCAGGAUCCAAUCAUCGAUGGAGAGCUCUACCGACCUGUGAAGCCUGAUGACUGUUACUGGAAUAUCGAGGAUCAGAAGAUGAUAUCCAUUUUGUUGACUAAGCAAGAUCAGAUGGAGUGGUGGAAAUGCUGUGUGAAAGGUGAACCUGAAAUUGAUACCCAGAAGGUUGAACCAGAGAACAGUAAACUAGCUGACCUUGACCCUGAAACUCGCUCCACUGUUGAGAAAAUGAUGUUUGAUCAAAGGCAAAAGCAGAUGGGUCUUCCAACAAGCGACGAGCUACAGAAGCAAGACAUUCUCAAGAAAUUCAUGUCUCAGCAUCCAGAGAUGGACUUCACAAACGCAAAGAUAAACUGAUCCUCGUGUAGCCUUGUUUUACUUCCUUCACCAUCUUGUUUCUUGUUUCAUCUUUGAAAACCUUACCUUUGUUCCUUUGAACUGCUUUUGUUUUGUCUACUUGAAAGCAUAGUCUCAUCUGCAAAUACAUGUUUGGUUAUUCCUCUAAGCCCUAUGGUUUGGUUUUUGUUUA